AGGAAUGCGACAACUAGCACAGUGUACGCCAGACCUCGCGACGGCAGCACAGGUUUCUGGUGGUCGCUCAAUACGAACUUAACUUCAAGGACACAUUUGUUUACGAAUUAUUUGUUAAUACUUGUAGUGAGUUUUAGCAGAGCGGCAGCUUUUAACAAGUGUGUGAUUUGUGCAUUGUGAAAAAUAAGAAACAAGCAUUUUUGAGAAGUGUUAGAAAUUAGUUGGGAGUGGGGAAUUUGGACUGACAGUCCAGACCUAUAACUGUGUAUAAUUCAUACUUACAUUGCAAUUGCUAGGCAGACCUAGUAGAAGUCACCAAGAGUUACUUCAUGGUUAUGUUAAUGUGCAUGCAUUCCUUACCCAUGGUCUCUGAACGCUGAUUGGCUAGUGAACAUGAGUUGAAGGUGACGUCACGCUUCUCAUGAUAAUGAGGUAUUCAAUAUGGCGAAGUAGCUUGUUCGUGUGUGCCAGUUGCUAUUCAGUUGGAUGGAUUUAAGUCGUGAAAUAUGCCAAGAAGACGAAAUGGAGAGAUACCUUUGCCCGACGGAUGGGAUUUUGCACGGGAUUACGAUGGGAAAGUCUAUUUCAUCGACCACAAUAACAAGAAAACAACAUGGAUUGACCCGCGGGACAGGUUCACCAAGCCGCAGACGUUCGCGGACUGCAUCGGCAAUGAGUUGCCGCUCGGUUGGGAGGAGGCAAUGCACGCAACUGGAAGACCCCGCCUGGAGUGGCGGGCCAUCCAGGAGGCCAUGCUGCGCGACUACCUGCAGACGGCGCAGGACGUCCUCGAGGCGAAGAAGGAGAUCUACGACGUGAAACAGCAGAGGCUCCAUCUCGCCCAGGACGAGUACAACCACCUCAACAAUGCGCUCACCACCCUCAACACGUCGCGCACCAGCCUGUGCUCCAGCUCGAGCAGCGUCAGCACCAAGUACGACCCGGACCUGCUCAAGUCGGACGUGGCGCUGGCGCGGAGCCGCGUGUCGCGGCUCAAGUGCGAGCUCGAGCAGAUCCGCGCGGAGAUGCACUGCACGCAGCGCGGCGUGGACACGCUGGCGUCUGUGGAGCAGAAGCUGAGCGCGCACCAGGGCGGCUGCUACAACAUCUCGGAGGCACAGGCCAUCAUGAACGAGCUGCGCAACAUCCAGAAGUCGCUGUCGCUGGGCGAGAAGGAGAAGGCCGAGCUCAUGCAGUCGUUGGCCAAGCUCAAGGACGACCUCACACGCCUGCAGCUCAGCGAGAGCUCGCCCGACGUCUCCACGCUCAGCUUGCCCCAGGAGAAGCUCAGCACGGCGUCGCAGACGGACCUCUCCGGGGAGCUGGUUCCAAUUGGGACACGUUUAGCCGAAAUGGCCCGCAUGAGGUUACAGUACGAUGAAGCAAGGAAAAAGGUACAGACAAUUCAGCAACAGUUGGCAGACUUGGAAGAGAAGGUGACACCAGGCCAAGCAGAAUCGGAUAAAGACAGGCUUCUCCUGUUCCAAGAGAAGGAACAGUUGCUGAGAGAGCUGAGAAGUAUCACCCCUCGCACCAGGAGCCAACGUGAAAUGCAGGACAUCCAGCAAGAAAUCCAGCGCCUGGAGCAGGACCUCAAUAAGGCUUUGGAAUUGUCUAAUCGUGCCAUUGCUGACAGACUGCGUCUCCACGAAGAGAAGCAGCUUUUGUUGCAACAGCUAUGCGAGGCUCUGCGUGCUAUGACGCAGCUAGAGUCCCAGUUGAAGACCCUCUCUCAGAGCACCCUGUCUGUUAGCAGCAGUUCUAGCCUGGGCUCCCUUUCCACCACGAGCAGCAAGGGUUCUUUGAGCUCUGGCCUAAGCUUUACAGACAUUUAUGGUGGACCUCAAUGCCUUGGCCUAACAACAACACCAGCUCCACCCGAGCGACCUGUUGAUAUGGUGGACCUCCAUCGCCGAGUGGAGAGGCUAUUGCGUGGGGGGAGUGGUGGUGGAGCUACUGCUGAACCAGCAACACACCAGCUGCCAACCCCAUCACCUGGCCGGUCGCAGCCAUCUCUCUCCCCUCGUUCUUCCCUCUCUUCUGUGUCGCCGCCAGUGUCACCUUUAUACGAGACUGUGACAACCACCGGACUGGCUCCGUCUGCCAUGACUGGUCCUCCCCCCACUUACGAACAAGUGGAGAGGCAAAGGCGACAGCAGCAUAUGACAUCAGUGGUGUCUGGGACUCCAGUGAGUUUGGAUGGUUCACAGCUAGAAGACAGACUUGCCGAACUUAGGAUAAAUCAGCAGCAUAUUGCUGCUCAGUUACAGCCUGACUAUGUAAACAAUGUGAAUAGUGCUAGUAGUGUGUUAUCCGGAUCUAGAAAUCAGCGUGCUCUUCCGUCAAAUAUUCCUCUCACAGACUUAUUAGAAUUUACACGUGGUGGUAACAUGUCCCAGGGAUCAGGUUUAGGAAGGCCAGUGCGAUGUCAAUACGAUUCUGCUGGUGAACCUCCUCUUUCCCCUAUUUCUGAGACACCACCUCCAUUGAUGGAUGAUGGCGAAGAAAUUUUACAGGUUGCAACAUUAUCUACUCCAUCUUCAUCAGGAACUAACACAAGAUCAGUUUCUGCAGCUGUUAGUGAUGAAUCUGUCGCAGGUGACUCUGGUGUCUUUGAAGCUUCAAACAAGAAGAGGUCAUGUCUUGGCAAUGCAAAUCCUACUUUCGAGGACAUGAACCUUGAAACAGCUCAGGUGCAAAUCAAGCUCAGGUAUGCUUUAUGCGACAGUUUGCUUCAUGUUGGUAUUGAAAAAGCUAGAAAUCUAGCAGCGCUUUUUAUACCUGAACAUUGUAAAGUGUACAUUAAGGCAGCACUGUUGCCAAAUCCUCCACCUGAAACUCACAUGUGCUGUACAAAACCCAUUGAAGACCUCAGCAAACCAAAUUUUGGAGAGAACUUUCCCUUAGCAGUACCUCUAAACAAAUUACAUAAUAAAACGCUCCAGGUCAAUGUGUGGAGUAUUGAUUCGUCAGAACAAGAAGAGUGCCUGGGUUGUGCUCAAGUGAGUUUGGCAGACUUCAGUCCUGAAAGUGUAUCUGUAAAGUGGUACAACAUCCUGAGCUUCAGGUUCAUGCAAUCUCCUUCUUCAUGGUCAGCUUCUGCUCUUGCUACAACAAGUGCCCAUGGUUCAGCUGUACCUCGCAGUACACCCACUGGUGGUGUAUCCUCUGAAGAUGGUGGCAGCAGCUCCAAGACACACGAUAAGCAAGAAAGUGAAGUAUCCGUUUACAAUAAACAUGUUGCUGCUCUGAAAGAAGAAAGCUCUGAUGAAUCCACAAUUAUUUCUUCCCAGACAUCAACAUUAACUCGUAACCAAGGUUUACCAUCAACUGUUAGUUCAAGGCUCGAAGAAGUAGAUAGUCAAGAAGAAGAAGAAGAAGAGGAGGAGGAGGAGGAGGAGGAAGAUGAUGAUGACGACGAUGAAGAUGAAGAUGAUGAUGAUGAGGAGGGGAUAAUAGUGGAAUUUUGUCAAGAAGACAUUAUGGAGGAUGCUUUGGAACAUGCUGAAGAUACAGCUGUUCCUGAUGGCCCUGAUGGUGCUGAUGCUGCAGAUUUCAGUGUUGAUACUCUUGACAAGGAAACCAAUACUGAAUGCGUGUUCAUCCCAGAGAAAGGCAUCCGUAAGAGGCCUGAUGAACCUGCUCGUGCCAUUGUGAUCAAGCGGUCUCAAACCUUCAGUCCUAGUGCAGCAGUAAGCAGGAACCAGUACAUUUGCAGGCUGAAUCGAAGUGACAGUGACAGUUCCAUGCCAUUGUAUCGACGAGGGGGUCCAUUCCAACGAAACUCAAUUGAGAGGCGAUCUCUUCGUUGGAGGCGACCACCUGGAACAGUUGUUGUUGCAAAGCAUCACCGUAGUGCAAGCAGUGGAUCUUGUGGUACAGGCUUGAGUCAUCACUCAGCACGAACUUCACUCGACUUGGAGCUGGACCUCAGGGCGCAACACACACGCUUGCAGACUCUACAGGAGGAGCUGCAGCAACUGCGGCAACUGAAGGCUCGCUUGGAGACAGCUCGGGCACAAGGAGACACAGAGGUUGCGGCGUGGGUCCUUGAGGAUGAACACUUUCAGCACCUCGUUGCUCAGGUUGAAUCUUCAAAAAAUUCAAAGAGUGCAGAUGAAAGAAAAGUUGAAAAAAUGCUCAAGAAGACCUCGAAAGAAAUUUAUAAACUUCGGAAGAGCAAAGCAGGAAAAGGAAAGCCUGAUAUUAUUUCUUUUAAGGAGAAAAUGGCUUUCUUCACCCGAGUUAAUGUGCCUUUGCCUGUGCUUCCAUCAGAUGAUGGACUUAGUUCAGAAUGCAGUACUUUGAAGAGAGGUGAAAGUUUAAGGGACCAGGAAACAGAUGGAGAUGAAACUAGUGUUGACGAGUGUCCUACAGACAAUAAAAACGCUGCUGAUAGUAGGGAAGUUGAGGGCAGGGAGUGUACAGAAGAAAACAGCGAGUCCCAGAGGUUCCAUUACGUUGUUGAUAGAGUGCUUGGUGUAGAAGUAUGAACUUGUUUGGAAGUGAUAAUGUUGUGCCAUGAACGGUACUGUAAAGGGUACUGUAUUUUUUAUUUUGUUCAUUAUGUAUGUAAGGAAAGUGCUUUUAGCUACUUUUGAAAGAAUAUUAAUGUGCAAAUGAGGACAUCCGUUAUGAAUGAUGGUUUAACUGAGAAUGGAGCCCACCGAAAGUGAAAGUGCUGUUAGUUGAGCUUGUAAAGCUUUGGGUGUUUUCUGAAGGCAUUUGGCCUUGUUUUGGUGUUCGUAGCUUGUCAGAAACAUGUAUGCAGCAAGAAGUUGCUGUUGGUUUUCUGAAUUGCCUAUAUAUUUUAUUCAAGUCACAAAUGAUAAUGUUAAUCUAAUAAAGAAAUACUUGGUGGCAGAGGAAAGGUUUUAUAAAUUUGUGAUAAUUUGCCCUAAAUACUGAAAUUGGUUCGCAUAGUUAAGUUGUGAAAAAUAAUGUGGCAUAUCACAUAAAUAUUUUUGAACGUCACUUCAUAUUUUUCAUUAAUUUUCAAUUUGAUUUGUACCUUUCUGUUUUUGGCCAUCAAUUUGGUAUCUUUUGCUGUUGGAUUUAAAAGGUAAUUAUUAAUAAUUUGUUUCACACCUGAUUUUCUUUAAAAAUUGUGAAAAAUAUAGCAAUUUGCAUUUCUAUAAUCUUGAUAGAUUGACAGCUCAUUUGCCAUUGCUGCAUACAGUUUUGCAAGAUUUUUAAGAAAUUUUUUUUAAUCUGUACUAAAAUGUUUAAGAUCAUUUUAUCAUGUAGAUGAGAUGGCCGUCCACUUUUAUUACUAAGAGAAUGAGAUUAAAAAUAAAAAAAAGCAAAUAAGAUUACAACUGUGUACAUUUGGAAAAAUGACCAUAAUCAAAAUCAAUGAAUUUUUCAUUUUCCAUUAGGUCCUCUUUUAUAUAGACUACAUGUAUCAGAUAAUUUGUAAUAAAUCUUUGAAAAAGAUUUAAAAGUUACAAAGUGUUUUAAUUCUCAGAACUUUUAUAAAUGCCAUGCGUUUGCCAUAUUUUUAUUUUUGUAAUGUGAAAUUGUGUAUGGAAGAAAAGUUUCUUGCAGGAACUCAUAAUUGAAUCUUUACUGUUGUAAUCUUGUUUCUUUUUGAAUCUACUCUCAGAAUUUGAGGCUCGCCAUAGCUUCUGGAAUGGAAUUCUCUAACAUAGAUCUGAUUGUUGUUUGCAAUAAAUAUGAUUCUGUAUUUUAAUUAUGAUUGUGAUGGAUCAUCUGCCAAAUGUUUAUAUUUUAGUAUCUGUAUGUGUAAUUUAAGUUCAACAUUUUUAUUUGAGUAUAUAAAUAUCUAUUUACUCUACUCGAAGUUGGGUCUUACCAAGAAAAGCCCCAUGUUGCUCAAUAUGUUAAUAUAUAUUAAAUGUAUAAAAAACUAAAUCAGAGAGCGCUUGUUUAUGCGAUGUUAAUUAUCAGAUGUUUCCAAUGUACUCGCAGUUGAUAUGAGAUGUGUGUUGUUGAACCAAUGCUUAAGUACACAAAAUCAUGAGAACCGCUGUAGAACCACUAUGGUAGUUAAAUACAGUCAGAUGCUUUUGUUGAGGUAGUUGUUCUAUUCUCUGGAGUUUGGAGUAGUAUGAACAUGAGAACACUUCACCUUAUGCUCUAUUAAAUGUGUACAAAUAGGUAAAAGUAUAUGUAGAUUAUCCACUUGCCAGUACGAGUAUGUUUCAUAAUUUGGUUUAACUUGCGUUCUUUGUUGAGGAAAUUGAAAAAAUAAUACACACAUGUACCUGAGAAUAGUGCAACUAAUUCUUAUAGGGGGACACGAAAACUAAGUGGGGGUAAUGUGGCUGAAAUUAGUUAUGAAAAGUCCAAAAAUUGUCAUCUAUAUCAAAAAUUAAACUCUUAUAGAUUCUGAAAAGUAAUUUAUAUUGUUGUGAAAAUGUUAUUUUUCUGGCAUAAUCUUUGUCUGAUUUUUGGCUAUUUUUGUAUAUGAGCUCUGCUUAUUUCCUUACAAGCAAAGUAUAUUUAUAGAUGACAUGUUAACAAAUAUUAAACUGAUAUAUAAAAUAUCUCUUUACUAUUUUAGAAAUUUGUGUUGAGGGAAGAGCUUAUAAAAAUGCCAAUCUACAUACAAUCCUGUUAAAGUAGAAGUGGCAUUUGUUUAUUUGCUCUUCGAAACAAGAAAAAUGUAUGUGGUUGCGGAGUGGCUUUUUCCCAUGUAUAUAGGUCUUUUCAUGGGGGAUACUAACUGAGCCAAAUGCCCAGUGGGAUAUUUGGCCAUUGUUGAGAAACGAAAUGUGUAUUGAAUCACAUUUUUGUUCUUAGUGGUGGCAGUGGUGGAUAUGACAAUAAUUAACUUCUGUUUUCCAUAGAAGACUGCACGAAAUUGUCUUCAGUUGUAUGAUAUGUACAUACUCUUUAUGCAUUUUUAAAGAUAUUGUUAAUAUACUUCUGUUAUAUCUAUUGUAGAUUUUUUGUCUACAUGUGUAACAAAGCUUUCAAGUUGACUGCCCUGUAAAGUAUUGGUACAUAGUUGAUUUGCUAAAGUAAAUUAGAUACAUUAUUUAUGGUA